GAGAGAGAGAGAGAGAGAGAGAGAUGGCGACCUUGAAGAUACUGGUGACAUGGUUCAUUUUAGCCUUGGCGCCAGCGGGGCUAUGUGCUGCGCGUGCGCAAGAGAGCACGCCCGUGUACCACGUAAACAGCAAGGAGCGCAAGCAGCAUUCCCAGUCCAAACGCGCCUACGUGACGCUUUUGUACGGUGACGAGUUCUUAUUGGGCGUUCGAGUGCUGGGGCAAUCUCUUCGGGAAACAGGCACGACGAAAGACAUGGUGGUUCUUGUUUCUUCUGGAGUUUCUGAACCCGGCAUCUCCGUUCUUGAAGCGGACGGUUGGAUCGUCGAUCGAGUCGUUCUUCUUGAUAAUCCUAUUCACAACCACCCUUCUCGAUUCUGGGGUGUUUACACGAAGCUACGCAUCUUUAACAUGACGCAAUACGACAAACUUGUGUACCUCGAUGCUGACACUAUCGUUGUGAAGAGCAUUGAAGACAUGUUCGACUGCCAAGGCUUUUGCGCCAACCUGAAACACUCUGAACGGUUAAAUUCCGGCGUGAUGGUAGUUGAACCAUCGGCUACGUUGUACGCAGACAUGAUGUCCAAGAUCGACAAGCUGCCGUCGUAUACCGGAGGAGAUCAAGGGUUUUUGAAUGCCUAUUUCCCCGAUUUUCCUAACGCUCGCAUAUUUGAACCACGGAAGAUCGAUUCUCGAGCUGUGUCAUCUGCAGGGGAGGAGGAAGGGGAAGGGGAAGGAGAGAAGCAGGAGAAUGAUGAUGGCGACAGGGACGACGAGGACGUAGAGGACAAGGAGGACGAUGAGGAGAAGGACGUCAAGGGGGGGCGGGGGGGGGAUUCUGUCUCUUCUCUGCUGGGGCGACAGCAAGGAGGUGGUGGUGCGGAGGUAGUGAGAUCGUCGAACGGCGAGAAGCGGCAGCAGCAGCAGGAGCAAUCGGAAGGGGUAAGGAUGGAGAGACUGGCAACGGCAUACAAUGCGGAUGUUGGUCUUUAUAUUUUGAAUUCGAACAAGUGGAUGAUUGAUGAGAAGGAUCUGCGUGUCAUACAUUUCACGUUGGGACCGUUGAAACCGUGGGACUGGUGGACAGAUUGGCUGCUGAAGCCUGUCGAUCAGUGGCAGGAGAUCAGGAGACGAUUACCAGCGUCUGUGAGUGGCGCGAAAGGGGGGGGGUCGUGGAGGCUGACGUGUGCCGUCCACGUGUUGUUCGUUCUUCCCAUCAUCGCCUUGCUCGUGGUGUAUCGACGAUGGAUACUUCACUUUUACAAGGAGCUGGCGGGGCGGAUCUUCAGGGCGGUGACCACCUCUUGCGGUGCCGGCAGCUGCGGUUCGAGGCACUCCCUCUUCUUCUUUUGUUGUUGGCGACAACAGAAAUCUUCGCAUUACGCCGUGAUUUCUUCCCCCGCCUCCUCCUCAAGCAGUCUUCCAGGCAUCGCUUCCGCCGUGGCGGAGACGCGGGAGAAAGGACGUGUUCCGGUCUUCCUUGGGCCGGUGUCUGUCUGUGUCUGCUUCUUCAUCGUCCUGAUCUCCACGGGUGGGGCAAUGUACCUCGUGCCCCGGCAAGUGCGGCCGUGGGAAGGAUUGCUGCUGCUGUACGAGUGGACUUUCCUCGCCUUUUCUCUGCUGUUUGGCAAGUACUUGGAGUCGGUGCAGGCGUGGGGAAGGCUGGCGGCGGCGACGGCGGCGCAAGCAGGGGGAGGAGCGGAUGGCGCGCAGAAGUAUGGGCAGUCCGGGUCCAAGGGGAAGACGGGAAACGGCAAGACCUCGACGAUUGUCGUGUGGGAUCCCGACACGCUUCUAUAUUCUCUUGGCAUGAUCUUCUUCUCCAUCCUCGCUCCAUCGCUGCCUUUCUUGCUGCGGGUCGAUUCGUUCUUCCCAUGGAUCGGAUGUCUGUUCGUCGGGGUCGCGAUGCUGAUCUCCUUCUUGACCCACGCUGCCGAAAGGCUGGCCGUCAGAUGGUAUAUCCUCGGUCGAGACGAGUGGACGCAAUCUCGCUGCUUUGAGUGCUGUCUAGUGUAAUAGGGGCCAAGGAUGAUCGCUGCGGCGUACUUUUGAUUCGUAUCUUCCUUCGUUUGUUGUUUUCUCUUAUUUUGAUUGAUUGAUUGAUUGAUUGAUUGAUCGAUUCUUCGCUUGUUUAUAUGGACGGGCACGCGUAGAUAUUGUUAAUCAGAUCUGUAGAUAUUUCUGUCAUCUGUUUCCUUAAACCACCUCGCACGAGCAUUUGUCGAACGAUAAGAGAGAGCGAUAAAAGAGAGAGAGAGAGAGAGAGAGAGAGAGAGAGAGAGAGAGAGAGAGAGAGAGAGAGAAAUAAAAGGACAGGUUGGGCAAGGUUCGAAAAGGCGGGAAGAAGGGAAGGAGGAGUUCUUGGGGAGAAGUUGGCGGUUGGACUGAAGGGAGAUACGGGGAAAGAGUGAGUGCAGAGACGAUCUUUAGGACGAUCAACGAGAAAUCAGCGGGAAGAACACUGGCAAUGGUAAGGGGCGUAAUACUCGCGGAAGAAAGGUAGGGGCGUAAUACUUUUAGAGGAGAAGAAGCUAGGUGACGAGCAAGAAAAUCAAAAGUAUAGGAGUGG